AUGAGACGCCAGGGUGUGCGCGUUGUCGAACUCGACCCCGCCGUUCGCGCACUAAACUAUGCCAGCGGGAUAAAGGAUGCCUGCGACGUCGUCUCGAUGAGUCGCUCCCGCCCGGGUAGUGUGGAAUCGAAUUGCACAGACGGAGGCGACGAGGCCGGCAGCGAGCUAGUUAUAUCUGCAGCCUCAACAGUCUCCAGCGAGAAGCCGACCGAUCGGCAGACCUACCUGGAGCUCGCCUACGGCCUCAAGUCUUUCAAAGCCAGGGCAGGACUUCUCGUAUACUGUCGUCGGCGGGCGGCAUGCAGGCGCGUGCGCAAGACACUUAGUGGCAAGGUCGAAAAGCUCGAGCAACUCGCCCUCCCUGUCCCAGAAGCGUGGCUGGAAAAGCACCCUGCUCUGGAUGGCAGGACACUGUACUUGUAUCCGCGACAAGCGCACAGGCGACCUAGAGCGUUCUCGACUGCUCUCUUCACUCCGCGAAGUCUAGGUCCUGUCGCCUGCUGGUCAUCCUCGCCGGCGGAAAUAACAUUUAGGAGGGCGACGAGGGAAGGGUCCUCUGAACCCGCUCAGGCGCAGCGGACCGACGGCGCGUACGGCGAUCACGGCGAGCCCGUCGACUCCCACGCCCUUGUCGCCGCCCCUGACGAUCAAGACGACCACGGCAAGCCUCUGACGGAAUCUGCACUCGCACUCGCAGACGCCGAGCUUGCUGAGUGGGCUCCGUCUGCCCCGACUCUCCUCUGCGAGCAGGAGACCCCUCUCAGCUAUGAGGGUGAUCUCAUCGAUUGUGGCGAUGCCGAUGACCCCCUUCGCGCCAUCGUGGGCUCGGGCGUGGGCCAGGGCACGGAGAGCGCUAACGAUUCGGCACGACCCGAAAGCGCUAUCUCCGCCCCCAGCAGCUUUGGCACCGUCAUCAAUCCCGAAGCCGACGAGGAUCAGGAGAAUAGGAAGCUCCGCGAGGAGGUUGCGGAAAGCUACGCGCCUCGCAAAUCAAACUCGCCGCGGAGCACGAGCAACUCAUCGCAGAGCAUGAUCAGCUGUGCGUCGACUUCCAGCAAUCACAGGCGCGGGUUCUGUCGCUGGAGGACGAAAUACCGCAUCUUUCCUCAAAGCUUGACCGCGCCUCUGGGAUCAUCGACCUGA